AGAGAGGCAGGAGGAGGGGGUCGGACCAGUGGCGGUCGCUGUGUGAGAAUGGGCGCUUUGUGUCGGUGGGGGAAUGCGCGGCUCCGAGUGCCCGAGGCUCGGUGAUCGGCACCGAAGAUCUUACUUCAGCUCGACGACCGGCAGCUCCCAUCUUGUGUGUGUUUCAUUGUGUGGCGGUGAAGGCGAGCGGUGCGGGGGAGGGAGGGGGUUGUUUUGUUGUUGUUGUCGACCAUGGGAUUUAAGAUGGCGGCUGGGCCUGGGCUCGGACUCGGACUCGCCGUCCCGCUGCUCUGCGCCGCUUUCAUCCUGGAGGCCGCCGCCGCCACCGCCUGCCCUCCGCAGUGUUCUUGCGCCGACGGCCUGGUGGACUGCAGCAGGCGCCGGAUCACGGAGAUUCCUCGCCAGCUUCCCGUGUGGGUCACGCAAUUAGACUUGAGUCAUAACCGAUUAAUUUCCAUUAAAGAUGCUGCAUUUGAUGGUCUUGACGGGCUGCUGGAAGUGAAAAUCAACUAUAAUCUACUCUCCUCAAUCCCUCAAUUAGGAGCUGCAGCAGCUAACAUUACCAUGCUGUCAUUGACACAUAACCGGCUGGCAGAGUUGAUUUUGAUGGAUCUUCAGCCAUACAGCUCUUUGGAGACUUUAGAUCUGAGUUCAAACAUGCUUUCAGAAAUCAAAACGACUUCGUUUCCAAUAAUGCAACUGAAAAACCUACAUUUGAACAACAACCGAAUAAUGGUCCUUGAGCCAGGUUGCUUUGAUAAUCUCUCCAGCACCUUGCUGGUCCUCAAACUGAACAGAAAUAAAAUUUCUGUCAUUCAGCCAAAGAGCUUCCGGUUGCCUCAUCUUCAGUAUCUAGAACUAAAACGCAAUAGAAUCCGGAUUAUCGAGAGUCUUGCAUUUCAUGGCCUUGACUCGUUGAAGUCAUUGAAACUGCAGCGCAAUGAGAUCAAUGAACUCAAGGACGGUGCCUUUUGGGGGCUCAAUGAAAUUGAGGAGUUGGACUUGGAACACAAUAAUUUGACCGAAGUUACCAAGGGCUGGCUGUAUGGCCUCAAACUCCUGCAACAGCUGCACCUGAGCCAGAAUGCCAUUGCCAGGAUAAGUGCUGAUGCCUGGGAGUUCUGUCAGAAACUGACUGAGCUGGACAUGACCCAUAACCAGUUGACUCGUUUAGAUGAGUCUACAUUUAUGGGUUUGAAAUUGCUUGAGAAUUUGAACAUGGGAGACAACCGAGUGAGUUACAUCGCUGAUGGAGUUUUUAACGGCUUGUCUAACCUGCUCACGCUUGAUCUGAGGAAUAACGAAAUCUCAUGGGCGAUUGAGGAUUCAAAUGGUGCUUUCACUGGAUUAGACAAGCUGCAAAAUUUGAUUCUGCAGGGAAGCAAAAUAACGUCCAUCACAAAUAAAGCAUUUUCUGGACUAACAACCCUUGAAUACCUAGACUUGAGCAAUAAUGCCAUAAUGUCACUUCAAGGAAAUUCUUUUUCUCAAAUGAUACUUAAGGAAAUUGUGCUGAACACUUCCAGUCUUUUGUGCGAUUGCCAGUUGAAGUGGUUGCCUCAGUUUCUAAUCGAAAAAAAGUUUUCGCACAUGGUUACUGCCAAAUGUGCUCAUCCUGUGUGGCUAGCAGGAAAAAGCAUCUUUAAUAUUGAUGUGGAGGACUACAUUUGUGAUGAUUUCCCAAAGCCUGUGUUCACCGCCCACCCCGAAACCACUGUUGCACUGAGGGGGAUGAAUGUCAGCUUCACCUGUAUAGCUGGCAGCAGCAGUGACUCCCCCAUGGCUGCUGCGUGGAGGAAGGAUAGCGAGUUGCUGUAUGAUGCAGAAAUCCUCAACUUCUCCAGCUUGCGAGAGAAAGAUGGCGAGUUUAUUGAAUACACCACCGUACUGCAGCUGCGGAACAUCAACUUUACAGAUGAGGGCCGCUACCAGUGUGUUGUCACAAAUUACUUUGGCUCAAAUUAUUCCAACAAGGCAAAACUUACAGUGAAUGAACUUCCCUUGUUUAUGAAAACUCCCAUGGAUUUAACAAUUCGAACGGGUGCGAUGGCUCGGCUGGAGUGUGCUGCGGGGGGGCACCCAAUACCACAGAUUGCUUGGCAGAAAGACGGUGGGACGGACUUCCCUGCAGCACGGGAGAGGCGUAUGCACGUCAUGCCGGAGGAUGAUGUCUUCUUCAUUGCAAACGUGAAAAUUGAAGACAUGGGCAUGUACAGCUGUAUGGCACAAAACGCCGCAGGAGGCAUUUCUGCAAACGCUACGCUCACUGUCCUAGAAACUCCUUCGUUUAUGCGACCAUUGGAGGAUCGGACUGUUGCCAGAGGGGAAACUGCAGUUCUACAGUGUAUAGCUGGGGGGAGCCCGACACCACGCCUGAACUGGACCAAAGACGAUGGCCCUUUGAUUGUAACUGAGAGACAUUUCUUUGCUGCUGCCAACCAGCUUCUGAUCAUUGUGGAUGCGGGCCCAGAGGACAUUGGGAAGUACACCUGUGUGAUGUCCAACACACUCGGGACAGAGCGUGGUCACAUUUACCUCAAUGUGAUUCCAACUUCAAACUGUGACCCCAUGCAAAAAAGUUCUGUCUUUGAGGAGGAUGGCUGGACAACUAUUGGAAUAGUGAUUAUUGUUGUGGUGGUUUGUGUGGUGGGCACCUCGCUGGUAUGGGUGAUUGUUAUCUACCAUAUGCGGCGCAAGAGUGAGGAUUAUAGUAUCACACACACAGAUGAAAUGAAUUUGCCUCCCGAUAUUCCAAGCUGCCUGUCUUCCCAAGGAACUCUUUCUGAGCCUCAGGAAGGCUACAGCAACUCUGAGGCAGGAAGUCACCAGCAACUCAUGGCAUCUACUGCGCAUGGCUAUAUACACAAAGGGACGGAUGGUAUUUGCUACGCAGACACUGGGAGCGAAACUGAUGCGGACAUUCUCACCACGCCACUUGCAUCUAAUCUGCAUGGGCGGAUGGGUUCCUUGUAUACCGGCAGGAGCAAUUUCCAUCCAAGUGUGCCUCAUGAAGGGCUUGCGCAGCAGACCAACCCAGGUGGUACUUCUGGACCAUUGAUCAUUUGCUCAGACUGUUACGACAGCACCAACAUGUAUGGAAAGAACAGAGAGUACUGUCCAUAUGCAUUCCUUGGAGAGGAGGAAUCUCAUGAUCAUACUCUAACCAAUGUUAUGGGACAAUUUCCAAAAGACAGCUUUACAGUACAGAAUCAGCAUGAAGGCACAGCUGUAGAUAGCCUGAUCACAGAAGCUGACGUGUCUGUUUACCUGACAAACCACGAUAGGAUAUGCAAUCCAACUAUGACUCAGCAGCAUCACAUUGACUUGUGCCCACGGUCUUCACGAGGUUUGAACGCAGAUUCGGGUCUGCACACGUAUCCACACUAUUUACAUCAACCUGUGAAUGUACAUGAGAAUCCACGGGCUCUCAUAGAAGGUGACGAUGAAGUGGAGGAUGGAUCUGAGCCCUCCGCAGCUAGUAACAGACCAACCCAAAGAAGCUCUGAGCAGAACAUUGACAGUGAGAGGACUCGAGCCGUUCAUGCCUAUGGUGCCACCACGUAGGUCUUUAAUGCACCUCGUCAUUCAGUGCAAACGCAUUAUCAGUACUCUGAGCGACCGAGCUUUCACCCACUACCUCGAAGCACUGACACUGAGGCCAAAUGCACCAAAUAAGUGUUUAUGAUGAAGCUCAAUAUAUCUUCAUUACUGUCCACUUCUCAGACUUUAACAUUUUUUUAAGAAUCUAUGAAAGAUGUAGCGGAGGAAUUGAAAUGCAUUAUUUUGUCAAUGCUAGUUACAAAUAGUGUUAGGAACUUUUUGUGCAUCCAUGCUGAUACCUUUUUCAGGCAAAGAAAGCAACUGGAGAUACAGAAUAUUGGGUAAAUCUCUGCAAAUUGUAUGAGGAAAGUGGAAUUUGGCUUGGAUCAAAUACUUGCAGGGAAUGUGACCCUUGGUGCCAUUUUGUUUUCACAGUGGUCUUUGGUGUGACGUAUCAAUUCAUUCCUGUCAAAUGUUUCUGAUAUUAACAAACACUACUUUCAUGGCAUUGACGCCAUUCGGCUCGGUGAUCUCCAUACUGCUUCUGGUUAUACGUGGGGAUCGUGUGUUUUGCAGUUUAUGUGAAUACUAAGUGUUGCCCACAGUAUUACUAACGUCAUUGUGACCUCCACUACAGUAUAUCGAUGUUCUAACUGACAAAAACAGUGAGUGGAUAUUUUCCUGUCCUGAUUAAUGUUGCAACAACACCAACUCUGCAGCUGACGGUCAACUUAAAUAUGUGAAAAUGUUUGCCAAUACAAUAGCAAUAAGUUACAAAGGAAGCCAAAAUAAUACUUUUUCUCUCAAGGUAUAGACGGCGACACACUUAAUGUGUAUUAAGGAACUGCAGAUGCUGGUUUACACCGAAGAUAGACUCCUGCUGAGUUACUGCAGCAUUUUGAGUCGAUCAUCGACACACUUAAUGGAUUGGCCAAUACCAGGUUUAGUGCAGCAAAUACAAAUUCAUGAAAAUGUGGACUGUAAUGGUAUUGAAUAUACAGCUUGAAAUGUGGAUUGUGCCUUGGUAUAGUGUCAGAUUUAAGUUGGGAAAGACCUUAAGGAAUCGCAAUGAUCCAUUCACAGUAAACCAUCACAUUGUCAAUUACUGGUGUGUGGAAGAAUUAAGGAGGACACGUUUUGGUUUGGCUGUGGGGUGCAAAAUGAUGGACUCAUUCUUGAUUUGCCGUUGCCGCAUGAGUGAGAGUUUUGAAAAUGCAAACAUUAAUCAAGAGUUCAUGACUCCAGAUUAUUUUCAUCUGUUCAAGAUCGGAUUUGGGAUAAAAGCACUUUCUGGAAGUGUGGCAAAUGUGGAAUGCUCUAGUGCUACCCCACCUGUGCUGCUGCAUAAUCAAUGGUUCAAUAAUAAUAAAAGUACAUGAGCCAUUUUAUUUUGUUCUACGUUAAUCCCUCAUUAGGUAGCCAUUUGGAACAAACUUCCCGGGGGGGGGGGCAAGGAGGGGGGGUGGGGUGGUUAGAAACAAACUUUUAAUGAAACUGCUGAAACAAUCCCCGUCAUAAUGUUCUUUAUUUUGGAAUCUUUGAUAUAGAUUGACUUGCAUUUAUAACUUUUAUAAAUAUAUAUAUAUGAUGUAAGCGAGUAAACUCAAGUAUUAAGCCUUGUAUGCUGUUUGUAAAUUAGGGUUUGAGUGCAUUUUCUGAAGAUUGGUACAAAUCACAAUAUAGCUGGGACAACGUCUUUAAUUCCACCAUCUGCUAUUUGCCUAACAAGUAUAUGAAUCUUUAAGUGAGAUCCAUGAUAAUCUGUGACCAUGAUAGUCUGAAGAAGGGUAUCGAGCUGAAACGUCACCCAUUCCUUCUCUCCAGAGAUGCUGCCUGUCCAGCUCACUCCAGAAUUUUGUGCAUAUAAUCUGACCAGUUCAUUACUAAUCAAUAGAAUACUGUGGUAUUGGGGAAACUUCAUUGCCUGGCCUCAGCUAAGUUCAGCCGUUGUCUGACCUGUAGAAUUAUUAUUUUCUAACAUUUCAAAACAUUUGUGUUCUUCACACAUAUGUUGGAUGCGUUGGUGCAGGAUGCUUCUUGGUAAUUAAAUGCUAGCACAUAUAUGCUGACGAGCGAAUUCAGAAACAUGUAAAUUCUGCCUUUGCAUAAGUGCCUCUUCCUUAAAUCAGGGCACAAGGAACUGUAGAUGCUGCUUUACAAAAAUGAGACACUGCUGGAGUAACUCAGUGGGUGUGACAACAUCUCUGGAGAACAUGGAUAGGCGACAUUUUCGAAACGGAAGCCGCCUUCAGAUGGGUGCCGAGCAGAAAUAUUGCCAAUCUUUGUUCUCCAGAGAUGCUGCCUGUUACUCCAGCACGCUUUCUUUGCCUGUAUCUUAAAUGUCCAUACCUGUGUUGGAGCCAUUGCUGAAAACAUUCAGAGUGAAGUUGUAUAGUAAAUCCUUUCUUCCAAAUUAUUCACUUAACAUGUAAUUGCAGAUGCCAUUUCAUGCCUUGUUUCAAAUUUCAUUCCUCCCCUCCCGCCAAGACCGUGCCACACUGUAGGGCAAGUCUAGCUUUGAUCUCUCUGAUGUGUUAGCCUUUUGGUUCUGGUACAGGUCAAGUAAUCUAGCUUUGACUGCACAAUGACAAAUGUUGGCAUUGAUUUCUCUAAAUGGUGGUUAAAUAUCAGAGCAGGCAAAGUUCUAACAUUGUUGAAACCAGGCUAGUUAUCUGAUGCUUUUCCACAAGAGAGACAACCUCUUGCCUAAAAUGGUAAUGCCAGUUCACACCAAGUGGGUUGGCUGUUUAAAACAUUAUUGGUGUCACUCAUCCACAGAGAAAAGAUUU